GUCACACGCCCUGUGGUGGCAUAUUGGCUGUACUUCAAUGCCGGUCUUAUCUAUGCUAUUGUGGUGGUGGGAGGUCUGACACGCUUAACAGAAAGUGGAUUGUCAAUUACAGAGUGGAAUGUUAUUUCGGGUAUGAAGCCCCCUCGUUCUGAUCAGGAGUGGGUGGAUGAAUUUAACAAAUACAAACAAUACCCCGAGUAUAAAAUUUUGAACCGCCACAUGACAUUGGAAGAGUUCAAGAAGAUCUUUUACUGGGAAUGGUCUCAUCGUAUGAUUGGCCGCUUCAUUGGCGCCUCCUUUAUUCUUCCUGGUCUCUUCUUUGCCUCACGGGGCUAUAUGAACAAGCGUGUUAUGAAACAAACAUUCGGUAUCUCGUGUUUGUUAGGAUUCCAGGGAUUUAUGGGAUGGUACAUGGUUCAAUCCGGUCUGUCCCAGGCAUUACUUGAGAAACCUGGAGCUGUUCCUCGUGUGAGCCAAUACCGCUUGACUGCUCACUUGGCUACCGCAAUCCUGAUCUAUGGCACAACAAUCUUUUCUGCUGCCGAUAUUCUCAGACGCCACAAGCUGGCCACUGGAACUUUCUCUCAAAAGGCUGCCGACUUACUUAAUAGCCCUCUCUUGAAGCGGUUCCGUAUCAUGUCUCACUCGCUUGGAAGCUUGAUCUUGAUUACUGUCAUGUCGGGAGGAUUGGUAGCAGGUCUGGAUGCAGGUUUGAUUUAUAAUGAAUUCCCUUACAUGGGUAACGGUAUCGUUCCUCCUACUUCUGAGCUCUGGUCAGAUGAUUACGUUAAGCCAGAAGACAAUGGCAAAUGGCGUAACUUGCUCGAGAACCCUACCACAGUUCAAUUCGAUCAUCGUACUUUGGCUGAGACAACUGCUGUUGCUGCCACGGCUCUGUGGUGCUACUCUCGUCGCCUUCCCUUGCCAAAGAAUGCUCGUCUGGCUGUCAAUACCAUGAUGGGCGCUAUUGUUGUCCAGGUUACUCUCGGUAUUUCUACCCUGAUCUACAUGGUUCCAAUUGAACUCGCUGCUGCUCAUCAGGCAGGUGCUAUGGCUCUGUUGACC